CUGACUCUUUGCACAGAUGAUUAUACCUACGUAGCGGAGUGGGAUCUCUAUUUUCAAGAUUUCGCAGUGUUGUACGCGUACCGUGUAUCGAUACUGUAGAGCAGCAAAGCCGGGAGGCAAUUAAACGAGUUUUAUGAUCAAUGAUGGGUUCAGUAACGCUACCGAAGGUUACAUUUCAACCAUAUGUGGAAGAACUGUUAGAAAAAAGUUAUUUGAAUGAAAAGGCUAUAUCCCAGGUUGGUGACGAAGUAUGCAAGCAGAGAUGGAAUAGUCUGUUGACUGCAUUGAGUUAUCCGCCAGCAUACACUGUACUUAGAGUCAAUACACUACACCACAGCAAGGAAGAUACCAAACAGCAACUUAGUCAAGCUCUGUAUCAGCAAUUCAGUGUUAAACAGAGAUUACCUGCUGAAGUGAGUGAUCAUCCCUGCUUAGAUGACACAUUGAUCAUAACUUCCGGCAGUUUACCUGGUACCAAUGAGGUACCAGUGUCUCCGUGCUCCAAGCAAGUUAUAGUGGAUCAGCAAUGUGGCUUGGCUGUGUUGAGAGGAGCAGAUAUCUUUGCUCCUGGAGUAUUAGCAGCUUUACCUGACAUGGUAAAAGGAGACAAAGUGUCUGUUUAUGUUGAUGUAAAUGGCUCAUGUCGACGAGGAUUGACCAAACCAUUUGAAGGGGAGAAGGUGUUCCUAGGCAAUGGAGAUGUGGUAUUGGGGAGGAGAGAACUGUUUGUUACCACUUGUGUACCCAGAGGAGUUGCCGUGAGGAUGACGGAGCCAAUCUGCGACUGUCCAUCGCUGAAUGGCGUUCUGACUGACAGACUGUUCUUACAGAAUCUACCUUCCAUUGUAGUGGGUCAUGUGGUCAGUCCUGCUGUAGGCAGCAGAGUGUUAGACAUGUGUGCUGCACCAGGGGGAAAGACAACACACUUGGCAACUUUAAUGAAGGACCAAGGAGUGGUUAUUGCCCUGGAUAAAUCAACAAAUAAAAUCCGCAAAGUUGAGGAAAAUGCAAAGAGGUUAGGGCUGAGCUGUAUACAUGCCUACUCAUAUGAUUCUACGAAAGCAUGCAGCAGAGAUAUGAAGAUGCUUAUGCAUGAUGCAGAUGUAAAUGCCCCACCGUACCCACCUGGAACAUUUGAUUGUGUUUUGUUGGAUGCACCAUGCAGUGGCUUAGGGCAGCGGCCCCAGAUAAGCAACCAACUACAACUCAGUGAGCUCAAGUCUUAUCCUGCUUAUCAGCGUAUGUUCUUCAGUACUGCUGUUGAAUUAUUGAAACCAGGAGGGACACUUGUGUACAGCACAUGCACAGUCACACUGGCAGAAAAUGAAGCAAUGGUGGAUUGGGCCCUUAGUGCAUAUCCUCAACUUGAAUUAUCUCAUCAGAUUCCUCAUCUUGGUGGAGUUGGUUUGGAAGGCACCAACCUUGAUGUUGACCAGCUAAGUAAGCUGCAGCGGUUUCAUCCCGUAUCAUCGUACCUGUCGGCCUCUCCUACCCACUGCGAUCUUGACACCAUUGGUUUCUUUAUUGCCAAAUUUCUCAAAUGUGCAGAGUGUGAACAUGUGUGAGAAAUUGUUCAUUUGAGCAAAGAAAUAGAUGUAAACCGAAUCACGUGAGAGAAGUGAUUAAAUUUAAUUCUUUUACUGAUGAAAAAGAAACUUGUUGCAUCUCUGGUUGUUUUAUCAGUCCUGAUGAAUCUGUGAGCAUGUCUAACUCUUUAGUAUUUGGCCUGUGGUGUAAUAAUCCGCAGCCUCUGUUUUGUGUUGUUGCUUUCAUUGGGCUUUGUUGCUUUCAUGUUGGCACUGUGUGUGAUUGUGUUAAUACUCAAUGCAGUAGUUAGUUGUAAUUAUCAUUCUGAAGGAAAACCAUUAGGAGAGGGAGAGUAAGAUCUUACAUAAGCCACCGUGACAUAUAAUAGAUGGAUCCAUAACCAAUAGCCACACUGCAGGCAACACAUGCUCAACCACAUGCCAGAUGUUUGUUGGACAUGACCACAUAGAACUGCAUUGAAUUACUCAAGUAUUCGAAUGCAAAAUUAAUAAAAAGGAAAGAGGGAUUUUCUUGUUUUAAAUAAGAAAAAUUGCACAAUGGAGGUUUCAGCAUAUUGAAAUGAAAAGCAACAGCAUAAUAUGGCCUACGAUGCAAAAAGUAGAUUCAUUAAAGAAAUUUAAAAGAAAUAGAAACUUUCCACAGGGCAAGAAGUAUUCUCCAAUUUUGCUUAAUCAUGGCUGGAAAUAGUCCUUGAAGUGAGUAGCUCUUAUAGUGAUGAUAAUGUACAAUUGAGUGCAUUAUUGAUACUGAUUUCGUAAAUGGUUUGCAGUGUGACCGAAUAUCUGGACAUUUGAUCAAAUUGAAGGUCGAAUAUUCAAAUAAUGAAUUAUUCGAAUGACAGCCCCAGUUGAACGGAUUGUAACUCAAGUGAAAUUUUGUUGCAAAGUUGUCGUGAUGUUAAAUUCAAUUUGCUUUCCUAUUUGCCUGAAGUAUGAACUGGUCUUUAAAUGAACAAGUUUAAGAAGCAAAUCCUGCAGAUGAUUUGAUUGACAAUCUUUUAUUAUCAGUGAGGUUAAAUAUGAAUCACCUUUUUUCUGUUACUUUUUUUGUAAAUAGUAAAAAAGUAUUUAAAUUCAGGUUAGGUUAGUAAAAGGCACUGUCUAGUGCAUUCCACUCAAGUGAGACACUCUCGUUUCACAUUUUAUGCUCAGGUUUUUAAACCCAAAGGCAUUUGCUGUUCAGUAGAUGUACAUAUGCAACAUGUGUGCACUCUUAGAGCAGGUGCCAUCCGGUUAAACAGAUGCAUUAUGCAUGAUAUGCAACACCCGCACAGUGCUACACGUGUGUGAACCAGUCAGUACAAACUGAGCAGCGUCAAUAAAGUUCAUUGAAUUUUCUGGGGAGUUGAGCAAAUGGACUGGACCAUGCUUGGGAUCCAGAUGCUGUGUGUGUGACCGCCCUCUGUUGGUGGAUAAUACACUGUCAUUGUGCACAGGCUAGGAACACAGUCCAGGAAGUGGACUAAGUUUCUUCACGCAAAUAAAUGAGGAGUUGGCACUCAAUUCAAGAUAGCUGUAUGGACCUGACAAUUUGAUAGAUCCAAGUUAAAGUGACCAUGUACUUGUAUAAAAUAAAAUAAAACAUUUUGUGUUCUCUGUCAUGAAAUCA